GCCAUCCUUCCUGAUCAACUCUGCUAAUGAAUUAUCUGAUGAUGUUUUCGGGGCGCUUGAAAACGACGGGCUCCUCGGUAAAAGCAGCUUACGAUAGAUUUUUUUUUAAUGAAGAAAUAUGUUAACGAAAACUAAAGCAAACUUGCUGGCAUUUUUGACGACAUGAAAACCAAUUUCUAAUUAGGAGGCAGGAAAUUAGUGACAGUAGUACAAUACUAAAAUAGAAGGCAAGAAGAAAGUAAGCCAGUUUGUCUUCACUAUCAAUAGUGUGAAGUCAGAUUAGGAACAGUGAAGUUGACUCCAAGAGAAAAUGAGAAAUUAUCUUUGCACGAAGCUGGAUAUCUUGCACAAAAGCGUCUUGCUCGGGGAUUGCAGCUUAAUUACACUGAAGCCGUAGCACUUAUAGCCACACAGUUUUGUGAUACUGUGAGUGUACUGCGUUACUCGUAGAUUUUGGAGUUUGUGCGGGAUGGUGAUAAGACUGUUGCAGAGUUGAUGGACAUUGGGAGACAAAUUUUAGGAAGGAGGCAAGUUCUUCCAGCUGUUCCGCACCUUCUACACAUGGUUCAGGUUGAAGGGACAUUUCGAGACGGAACAAAGUUAAUCACUGUUCAUGAUGCUAUUGCGAGUGAUAAUGGGAAUUUGGAGCUAGCUUUACAUGGGUCUUUCCUUCCAGUUCCUUCGCUAGACAAGUUUUCUGAUACAGAAAAUGAUAUGGUUCCUGGCGAAAUCUUGUUUGCAACGGGUGAUAUUGUGCUUAAUGCUGGAAGGCCAGCCAUUACUCUUAAGGUUGUUAACACUGCCGACAGACCUGUUCAGGUUGGUAGUCACUAUCAUUUCAUUGAAGUAAACCCAUAUCUGGUUUUCGAUCGAAGGAGAGCUUAUGGCAUGCGACUGAAUAUACCAGCAGGCACAGCUAUUCGGUUUGAGCCAGGGUAUGCCAAAAGUGUUACUCUGGUAAGAAUUGGAGGAAGGCAAGUAAUAAGAGGAGGGAAUGGCAUUGCAGACGGUCCUUUCGAUGUUUCCCAGAUUGCCAAGGUGAUGGAAGCUGUGACUGCUAAAUCAAUUGGCCACCAAGAGGAAGCAAAUGCUAGUGAAGGUAUCGCAGGAGAAGAACCAACUGUAACGAAAGUAGUUUCUCGAGAAGCUUACGCUAACAUGUAUGGGCCUAAGACUGGCAACAAAGUUCGCCUCGGUGAUACCGACUUGUAUGCAGAAAUUGAAAGAGAUUUUGCUGUUUAUGGCGACGAAUGUGUAUUUGGAGGUGGAAAGGUGGUAAGGGAUGGAAUGGGGCAGGCUUCUGGCUAUUCAUCAUCUGACUGCCUGGAUACUGUUAUUACAAAUGCUUUAAUAAUUGAUUAUACAGGAAUUUACAAAGCUGAUGUUGGUAUCAAAGGCGGACUGAUUGUCCGCAUUGGAAAAUCAGGAAAUCCUGACGUAAUGCAUGGUGUUUUCUUUAAUAUGACCGUUGGGGUCAACACUGAGGUUAUUGCCGGAGAAGGACUUAUUCUAACUGCAGGGGGCAUUGACUGUCAUGUUCAUUUCAUUUGUCCGCAACUAGCAGAUACAGCAAUAUCAAGCGGUAUCACAACGCUAAUUGGAGGUGGGACUGGCCCUGCUGAUGGAACUCGUGCAACUACAUGUACUCCUGGACCAGUACACAUGAAAUUGAUGUUGCAAUCAACUGAUAAUUUGCCACUAAAUUUUGGCUUCACGGGGAAGGGGAACAGUGCCAAGCCAGAGGGGUUGGAAGAAAUAAUCAAGUCAGGCGCGAUGGGUUUGAAGCUACAUGAGGACUGGGGAACCACCCCUGCUGCAAUAGACAAUUGUUUGAGUGUUGCAGACAAAUAUGACGUUCAAGUCAAUAUCCAUACAGACACAUUGAAUGAAUCUGGAUGCGUAGAACAUACCAUAGCUGCUUUUAAAGAUAGAACCAUACAUACAUACCACAGUGAAGGCGCAGGCGGUGGUCAUGCUCCAGAUAUUAUCAAAGUAUGUGGUGUAAAAAAUGUCUUGCCUUCAUCCACCAACCCAACUCGUCCUUUUACUUCCAAUACAGUGGAUGAGCACCUAGACAUGCUAAUGGUUUGUCAUCAUCUUGAUAAGAAUAUCCCAGAAGAUGUAUCAUUUGCCGAAUCCCGGAUAAGGGCCGAGACAAUUGCUGCAGAAGACAUUUUACAUGAUCUGGGGGCCAUCAGUAUUAUUUCUUCUGAUUCGGAAGCCAUGGGUCGUAUUGGAGAGGUGAUAACGCGAACGUGGCAAACUGCUCACAAGAUGAAGGAACAAAGGGGACAAAUUGGUCAUACUGGGUCCCUCAAUGACAAUUUCCGCAUCAAACGAUACAUCGCCAAAUACACUAUCAAUCCUGCAAUAGCUAAUGGGUUUUCUGAAUACGUUGGUUCAGUUGAGGCUGGCAAAUUAGCUGAUCUUGUAUUGUGGAAGCCUUCUUUCUUUGGAGCAAAACCAGAAAUGGUGAUCAAAGGUGGCGAAAUUGCUUGGGCUAAUAUGGGAGAUCCAAACGCAAGCAUCCCUACUCCUGAACCGGUAAUGAUGAGGCCUAUGUUCGGUUUAUUUGGCAAUGCUGGAAGUUCGAACUCGAUUUCUUUUGUCAGCAAGGCUGCUAAGGAAGCUGGAAUUGGAACCGAAUAUGGUCUUAAGAAGAGGGUCGAAGCUGUGAGCAACGCGAGGAAACUCACUAAACUCGAUAUGAAGCUCAAUAGUGCGCUUCCUGUGAUUGAGGUGGACCCAGAGACAUACACUGUUACAGCAGACGGUGAAGUCCUUACCUGCAGUCCAGCCACCACGGUUCCUCUAUCGCGAAAUUAUUUCCUGUUCUAGGAAUCCUUUAGCUUCUGACUGUUGCUUUAUUUCUCUACUCUAUAGGCUAAUCUGCAAAAUUCAAAAUCUAAUGCUAAUCGAAACAUUUUGAAUAAUUGCUGGAUGAUCGCAGCCAUUUAAACACAAUUCAUUUUGUAUCCGAAAUGGUUCAUCUGUUUCAUUGUUCAAGAGCAUUUCCAGGGCAGUGGCUGCACUAAACUAUCCAUAUCCAUAUA